CUGCACCCGGUAUCCGCCCAUAUUCGCGUCAGGCCAACCUCAGCUGAAUCGAGAGUAGCAGGCCAAACGCUGUAUCAAAUGGAAAGUUAAAUCGAUUAAUGUCCUUACUUUUGUCUGCUUUUUUAAAAAGAAGUUACAUUUACACAAAUGCGGCCGUUUCAGUGUAAAGUAGGAAAUGCAGAGAUCGUGUGAAAAAGGAGGAUUAUCUGCUUGACUUCUUAUUUGGUCGCUACUUCGGACGCGGAACUCCACACGCUAUAGGUGAACGAUGACCGAAUACAAGCUGGUGGUGGUGGGAGCAGGAGGCGUGGGCAAGAGCGCACUCACCAUCCAGCUCAUCCAGAACCACUUUGUGGAUGAAUAUGACCCCACCAUCGAGGACUCAUACAGGAAGCAGGUGGUGAUUGAUGGGGAGACGUGUCUGCUGGACAUCCUGGACACUGCAGGUCAGGAGGAGUACAGCGCCAUGAGGGACCAGUACAUGAGGACAGGGGAGGGCUUCCUCUGUGUCUUCGCCAUCAACAACACCAAGUCCUUCGAGGACAUCCACCACUAUAGAGAGCAGAUCAAGCGGGUGAAAGACUCGGAAGACGUGCCCAUGGUGCUGGUGGGAAACAAGUGUGACCUGCCAUCCCGGACGGUGGACACCAAACAGGCUCAGGACUUGGCGCGCAGCUAUGGCAUCCCCUUCAUCGAGACCUCGGCCAAAACCAGACAGGGUGUCGAUGAUGCAUUUUACACAUUAGUGCGGGAAAUCCGAAAACACAAGGAGAAGAUGAGCAAGGAGGGCAAGAAGAAGAAAAAGAAGUCCAAGACAAAGUGUAUACUCAUGUGAAUAAUGACCAGCCCCCUUUUCAAGAUAGACAAAAAAAAUGUGUUAAAACAGUUCAAGUAAUACAUUUUUGUACAUUACGCUAAAUUAUUAGCCUCUUUAUCUUAGUACCCAAAAUACUGAAUAUGGAAAUGAACCCUAUUUUUCUGCCUUUUUCUCUUAUUUUGAAACCAAUAAGCUUUACUUUCUGUUUAGUGCCAGUUGCCCAGAAGUGUUGGUCCGAUAGGUUGAUUAUCAAUUAUGGUACAGUAAAACGAAAGGACUUUAUUCAACAGCCAAGUUCAUUACUGUAGGGAAAUUUUGGACAACAGAAAAAGCAAGCCUAAAAAGCUUAUUUUCCCUCUGCUGGAGAGCAUGAGAUGCUCUUAACAGUAUGGGGCGCCAAAUAGUUGAAUCCCAUUCCAUUGGACAAGGAGUAACAACUGGGAGGCAGGACCAACACUUGAUUGGGGGAAAUUCCAAAUGUCCCGGCCACUGUGUGUAAUAAUGCCCAUCCUCCGACUUUAAACUCCUAGAUAUGAUUCAAUAAUGUCAUGCUGUACUUGAAGCAUGCAUGUGAACUUUACUACUGUAUCUAGUUUAAAAAACGUCCUGGUUACCCAUUUUAAUUGAGUUGUAAUCUGUUAGUGCUUUUUUGUAAUUUGUGGGUAGUGAUUUCCUGCCUACAGGACUUUCCUUUUUGCAUGCAAUGUGUUCUUACUAGUCAAUGGGGAAUGGCACAGUGAUACUAAUACUGUACGAUACUGAUACAGCCACUAGGGCCAGGAACGAGGAGCUCCUGUCCAGUUGGGCCACAUAGGCUUUUAUAGUGUUUCGGGCCUCGAGUCAAUCUAUAUUCACCAUACCUGAUCUGAUCUUUUGUGUAGAAACCAGUUGUUAAAUGGUGGGAAACCUUUUCAACAACUGAAAUGCUCCAGGUGGCAGGUAAGAAACAAAAUAGAUAUUUUUUUUCAUAGCAUCAGAACAGCAAGAUUCUCAGUAAUGUUGAAGAGGACAUGCAGCUAAUGUGUUGCUCAGUGGCACUGCAUGUUGCUUAAACAAAUGCCUCUACACAAUCCAGUGUCUCCUGUAGUUUUAUCAUUCAAUUUGAUAUACCCUGCUCAUUCUGAAUGUUUUAAAAGAUAAGUUAAUUGUUCAUCAAGAGAUCUUAUUUGCACGGUGAAAUUUCCCUCAUAUCCUCAGGAUUGGUGUAUUUUGUGUCAUGUUCUGUGUUUUUGAAAGACAAACCUUUCCCAUUCAAGUGAUUUUACUGAAUUAACACAUUUUACCUCAUCUUAGUUAUUAAACCGGCAAAUCAAGAUUUGGUCUUCCUUGUUACAGCGUAACAUCCAAAUUGUUUUGAGUGCAAACAAAUAGCAUGCCUAAAUUAAACCUAAACUUUAAACCAAGUAAUCUAAUGAUGUAUAUGUGUUAUUCAGGUGAACUGUCUUAAAGAAUAGUGAGUUACUGUCUUCAGAUGCAAGACAUAAAAUACCCAUCAGAUCCUAACAGAAUAUGCCUUGCACAUUUCCCCAAGCCUUUGUACUUAUUGCUGCCAUAAAUGUACUUUCCUGUUUUUGGAUUGGCUAGAUUAGGCAAAGAAAAUCUUAAAGGCCUUUUUUUUAAUGUCCAAUCAUAGAUCUUCCUUUCUCUCUUUUUUUGUUUUGUUUUACUUCUACGAAAGAUGCACCCCCCUAGAAUCGUUGUCAUGCAAAGAGUGUUCAAAAAUCUAUUGCUCAUAUAAAUUUCUCAUUUUUCCUCGUGAAGUUAUAUUUUUUGGGUCAGAGCUUGGGUGGGAAGGUAUUGCGUGGGUUUUGCUGGGCUGUGUUUCAAGUGAAAUGACUGGUCCAGUCCAAUAAUUUGUCUAAUGAAUUCCUUACAAAGGUUGUUGCUUCCUAGUGAUGUAACUGGAGCUGAUGUCUGUAAAUGAGGCAAUUACCAUUAAAUUCAUUUUUAGAGAAAAAAAAGUAUUAAUUUAUAACACGGAAUAGUUGUUUUUCAGCGUUAUUUCACAACCUUAAUACCAGGGUUUUACCUUGAGGCUUCUUACACAUUGCCUUUUGGUUUUGCAUCGGGUGCUUCAGUCAGACAGCAGAGGGAUACAUGUGAGCCGAGACUGCAUUAGGCUUCUUCGUCACGUCUGUUCAACAGCUACAAACUCUGCUGUUUGAGAGGAAUGAGAUUCUAAAGUGAAACAUAAUAUACAAUACAUUUAUUAAGGAUUUAUUCUUUUUUGGCCCACUUUUAUUACCUCCUUUUUGUUCCUAAAGUUAGAUAUGAACUGUUAGCACAUUUUUGAUUAUGGGACGCCAUUUGUUAACUGUAUCACAAAAAGUAAUUCUACCAAAAUGUUCCACCUCCCUUUUAUUUUGCGUGCCAACUGCUGAUUUCUGAAAAGAAGUAGCAUUUAUACCUGGAUCGUAUUUAACAACCUUUUUGUAUAGUUGUGAUACUGAAAGGUGCACAUUUUGUAAAUUGUGCUUCAUUUCUUUGGUGUGUCUAAAUGAAUGUUGCUUUAAUGGAGUUUUCAGUACUCUCUCUCUUGUGUAUGAUGGGACUUGGGAGAGUGAUUGGGUCUAGGGGAGUGAAUGAAUGACCACUGUUGAACACAUCCAUAGAGAGCUCUCUUUGGUCACUGUGUUGAGUGGUGAUCUGAUCCCAAAUCUGUCUUUUUUUUUUGCCAUGAAUCUCACCACUCCUAUUUAAUGUGUAAUAAAGACAAAACAAUUAA